AUGGAGCUGUCUCAUAUACAGUCUGCACACGGCGCUGAGGUCCUGUGCCUGGCCUACUCCCCUCUCAUGGUCCCCGCUCCCUGUGGCGGGCGCAGGAGCAGCACCUCCCCAACUCCACCCUCCUCCCCGGACACCGGCGGUGUUUCGGGUGACAACAGAGAACGUGGGGCAGGCGAUGGCGGGGAUGCCGGUGGCGCGAAGUCACUCUCUUCCACAGGGACAGUGUUGGUGGAGGCGCCACCCCCGUCAUCAACUAGUAGAAGUAGGAUUCGUGCGGCGAGGGGUGUGGGCGCUUGGGAGGCGGUGGACCCGCUUGACCCUGACGGCGCCGCGAAGAUGAUACUCUCUCUGUCGUUGAUGUCGUCGUCGUCGCCGGCGUCGUCGGCGACAGCAGCGGCCGUGCCGUCGGAGAUGGGCCGAAAGGCCGGUGGUCGUGAAGGGGAUGCCGACAUGUCGCAUGAUGACGUCAUCGGCCGUGAGAGAGUCGAAGGGUACCCCGAGAGAAAGGAGUGUCGCGGGAACGAAGGCGGCGAAGGAGAAGAUGCCCGGUCCGACGACGCUUGUGCUCCGCUGCAGCAGAGUCAGACCGGCGACUCAGCCCGCCGCAGCCCGCUCGUGCUACUGGCUUCGGCGAGUCGCGAUCGUCUCGUGCGCGUAUUUGACGCGUCCCGGUCACCUUCCGUUUGCAGUGCUGGUGUUGGUGGUAGGGGAGCGGGCGGCGGCAGCGGUGCCUCUGAGGCGGCGACACCGGCGGCGCGAGGGUCCGCUGCUGCGUGUGCGGACAACGGUGUGGCCCACAGGAGCUCAAGAGGGAAGAAGGCCGGGCAACUAGGAGCGCGAGAAAACGCGACGAACACGGAUGCAACGGCCGCUCCAGGUGUUGCAGCUGAGACGGGGGUAGGGGCGGCGAGUGAAGCUGCCGGACUUCCCCUAUUGUUGACGCUCGACAGCCACACGGGCCCCGUUGGUGCCGUCAAAUUCUCGAAGGACGGAAAGAGGCUCAUUACGGCGGGAGGCGAUAAGAUGUUAGUCCUCAACAGCGUCAGGGGACCGCACGUGCACAGGCUGAGGGCGGUGAAAGUCACGCAGGGCACAAUCUACGGCCUCGACGUCGACCCCACCAACAAGUACAUCGUCACCGCCGGCCAGGACAAACGCCUCAAUAUCUGGAGCACCAUAUCCGGAAAACACGUCAGGGCGUACAAGGUGGAACCGUUGAUGAAGACGCGAAACCCAUCGCUGUUAGCGGAAUCGACAGCGGGAGGACAAGGCCGUACCAGCGUGGGGGGAGGGCCGCGAGAUAAAGGAGACACCGGGGGGGAGCUUUUCAAGGUCGACUUGGAUCCCACGGGAAUGUACGCGGCGGCGUGCAGCUUCGAUAAGGUGUGCGUGCGGUGCUCGAUAGUUUGGAUCCGACUCUUCGACUUCUACUCUGGGGAGUGUUUGGCGAAAGUGGCGGGCCACAGCGAGCUGGCCACGGGCGUGAGGUUCACGCCUGAUGGGCGACGCCUCGUUACCACGGGAGAUGAUGCCGGCGACAACGGGAGUGACACCGGCGACGGGGCACGGGACUCUGGGCUGCAAGCGGGGCCAGCAAAGAGCGGCGUGGAUGCUCGCACGAAAACCAAGUCCGGGGCAGACGGUGCCGCCGACAGCGGGGGUAGCAGCGGCGAUGGAGCACAUGGGCCUGGGUCUCAAGUGACGCCCGCGAAGAGCCGUGUGAAGGCUCGCGCGAAAGCCAAGGCUGAUCCAAAGGUCCGCCUUAGGUUUCAGAGGUACCAACUCCCGGCCUGGGCGCACACUCAGCAAAGGUUAGCGCCCACAGCUACCCCGGCAACGACAAACAGUCCUCCCUCGUCAUCAAUGCCGGUGAAGGAUUCCCUUGACGCGGAAAAAUCCGCUUCAGAGGGUGCAGAAACAACACCUGGAUCUGGAUGCAGCGGUGGGAGUGACGGUGGUUGUGGUGGUGAUGGACUUGUCAGUGUUGGUGGUGAUGGCUCCGGUGAUGCUGCGGCGCAUGUUGAUGGAGAUAUUGUAAAGGCGGAAGUGGGUGAUGUGGUCGAUCUUGGCCGGGAUUCUCCUCCGCCGAUGUUAGCGGCUUUGGUGCCCGCUGUCCCGGUUGGCGGCGGAUCGUUUUCGCAAGACCGUCGGGGCAGCAAGGAGGGCAGCAGACCCAUCAGGGACGGCCAAGACGAUGGAAAGCAUGGCAGCAGCAGUGGCGCAAUCACUGAGACCAGAACCGGGAGCAAGAUUGUCGAGACGAAAAGUGGAAGCACCAACAACACUGGGGCCGAAGCCAGUUCGCCCGGUAUCAGUUCGGGCGUCACAUGCGGUGGAUCCUCGUCACCAUCCCUCUACCAGAACCCACCAACGUCCGCUAAACAGAAAGAAGCCGCAACAGUACAAGGUAACCAGAGACUGCAGAAAGUGACCAGCCCGAAGCCGGAAGUAAUGGCGGCGAUCCCCGCUGACGAUAUUCGUGCAAUCAUGCCCACGACAGCUGCAGCGACAACGUCACGCCUGAGAGAAGACAGAGAUGCUGCCGCCAAGGGUAGUGGAGGCGGCCGUGCCCCGGUGAUAGCUCGCACAAGAUGGGGGAUUCAUCGGGAAGGGGUAGCAGCAGCGGCGGCGUCGGUGAAAACCGCGACUCCAUCAGCAAGAGGGAGCAAGGGCGACGUGUUGGCUGCGGCUCGCGGUCGGUGGGAGAGGCGCUACGUUCAGGAAGAGGGAUCACUGGAGCUUGUGGGACAUCGAGCGGGAACGAAGAGCAGUUUCCAGAAAAACUCCAACCAGCCGUCGGCGUCAGUGAAACGGGCGGAGGAAGUCAAACAAGCGUCGGUGUCCAACCCUGAUGUAGACACACGUGUGGGCAAGGCGCCGGCGAGUCUGGCAGAGUAUCGAGAAGACGAAGACGGAGUAAUAAUGGGCGACCCAGACGACGAUGAAAUCGAUGAGCACGAAUACUCGAUGGACGACGACUUCGAAGGGGCUGGUCUGGAUCGAGCGGGGGCAAAUGAUACGCCAAAUAUAGACGAACAAGGGCCGCCACCUUUCGUCGCCCGAGGCCGGGGUGGCGACCUUAGGCGCUCCGAGGACAAAACCGAGGACAAUACGCCCUCCCCUUCUGAUCGUAAAGGACAGGCGUUGCUACAUCCUGACCCCGCCCCCGUUGCCGUUUCCGGCGGAAGCGACAAAUCUUCUCCGCGACACGACGCUAAAAACGGUCAAGAAAUGUUCGUUUCGGAGGCCCGGGAGGCGGCGAAGGUGCUUCUCGACGAUGUUGAGCGAGACGGUUUGAAGGAAACCGGCGACCGCAGACACGACGGAAGCGGCGCUUGUGGGGAUGGUGACGACGCAACAGCGGCAAGUGUGGAUGUCACAGGCUUCAAGUGUAUGACAGUUAGUACGGCGGUCGCGCGCCCUGUACCCCCUUCGGCCACCGCUACAACAGCUGCUGCUGCUGCUAAUGAUGACGAUGACGACGAUGUUUCGUCGACAAUAUAUGAGGGGUUCAAUCAUGGAAGAAAUUCUUGCAAUGACGACAAGAAUCCGGGUAGUAUGGAAGGUAUCAACAGCCUUCGCAGAGGAAAUAGCUUCCGGUCCAAAGGAUGCGGCGAAGGUAGUGCCGUCGCCGCGUCUUUGGAGGGAGGAGGCCGACCGGGGCCCGCCACCUCGACCGCUAGCAGUGAGUCCUCGGAGAGGACUGCUGCGGACCAGAGGGACGGGGGUGCGUCGUCCAAGAGGGGCCGUCGAAUUAGCGAGACGGAAGGAGCGGUGGAGGCCAUGAGGAGACAACUAUCCGCAAUGGGGUUCCUGGAGGCCGGUGGUGACAAUCCCAGCUGUGAAGACGAGGGGGCUGCCGCCGCAAAAUAUGUCGGUGAGGAGACGAGGUUCUCCCUAAUCAACGCGCUUUCUAAAGCGCCCAGACAAUCCGCAGAAGGCCGUGGUAGUCCCCCUGUCAGCGGGAAGGGUGCUACUACUGUUGCUGCUUCCACUGCAGAUGCGGAGACCGAGGAGAAGGAGCGUACCGGCAAAGCCGGCGCCGAAGAUGAGGGCGAAGAUCGUCGAAUAGGUGCCGAGCCCACGGCCUCUUCACCCCCUCCUCCUCCUCUGCCGUCACGACCACCACCUUCACAGUCAAGGUCGCUCUGUCUAGAGUGCCGCUCGGUUGGACCCGAUGCAGAUGGACUUCGGACCGAUGAAGUUCCGGUCGGCACACCAAGCGACUCCCUUACGGUGGACGUGCAAGGUGCCGAUGACGACGGCGUCGAAGCUAGUUCGAGCGGCUUAGGCGACACACCUUCUUCCAAUCGAGGGACAGAUGUGGGCCACCAACACCCGCUGGAGAGUGGAAGUUCAUCGAUCCUCUUGUCCGGUCGUCGCCGGCGCCGCCGGUAUCACCGCAGCCACCCAGAAGAAAAUAACGAGGAUCGAGGAAGCGUUUCCCCCUUCAUCGCCAGCAACAGGGUCGCGGUAGCUCUACCGCGGCCGGACAAGGAAUACGAGGAGGCCCUCCUGCGUCUCACCGAAGCGGCUUCGCACGCCGCAGAGCUGUACCGGGAGCUCACGGAGGCGUCUUCCGCCUCCCUUGCGUCGCAGGAAACGGGGACGGGGACAAGGACGGGCACCGAGGAGGAGGAAUCAGGCAUGGGGUUGGAAUCCUUCCCCUCGAUGUCGUCGGUGGGGCCUAGGAGGGGAAGCCUGCGGCUGGAUAACGCUGUUCGCAAGCUCACAUAUGCAGGUGGCGAGCACGAAGAAAGAAAACAAGGCAACGGCGACAGCGGCAGUGGCCAUGCAAAAGCGUUAACAUCAUCGCCAUCCGUGGCACCAUCGACUUCAAUGAGCCAUCCAGGAGAGUCAGACGGGGAUGACGAAUCUUAUGACGAUGACGACGAAUGGGAAGAUGAAGAAGAAGUACCCGAUGAAGACGACCGCCAUGCCACAGCAGAAAACAUGCCAGGCCAAGGACAGGGAGGGGAUCGAGAUAGGUUGGGACCUCUCGCUCUCGAAACAUCAUUUAGAGAGAGCUUCGCCUCCGUAUACGGCAUCUUGUCAGUUAUGGCGGGCAAGGCAAUCCCCGCCGCGUGUCUCAUUUCGCCCUCGCUAGCAAGUAUUGGCGGGAGCUGUGCCAACAGCAGCAGCGGCAGCGGCGCUGUACCGGGUGAUGCCAGCAACACCGGCAGCACCACCAGCGGCAGGCUUGCAGCAAUGAGCAAACACAAGAUUGGCACGGAAUCAUCGUCGUCGCAUCAGUCAGCCGAAAGAGAUAGGGGUGGACUAGCCUCACCGCCGGGCCUAUCAUUAUCCGUCCUCCCUCCACCAUCCAGACGAGCAUUGGCGAGAGAGACGGCGAGCCCUGGCGGAUCGGAGACGAUAGUUGGGGGGGUAAGAGCGGUGAUUCCUGGCACAGCGGCGGAGAAAGUUGAGGCUCUACCGGCUGCCGAAGCUGGCGAUAAAGGGGCAGGUUCGGUUGAGUCGAGAAGCGGGCGGGCUCUAGGUGGCGCAGAAGAACAACUACCAGCAGAGAUGACGGGCAUGCUUCAUCGAUACUCGGAGAUGAUGCUUAAGGUGGUGCAGGAGAAAAUGGAGGCGAGGAUGAACGACGGCACGCUACACCCCAGCACCUGACGUUCAACCCUAUCACGAGUCGCAGCUUCAGGCAUUUCGUCUCGAACGAGUCACCGGCCGGUUUGCGGUUGGUGUUUGAUUGAAACUGCCUUGUUAUGUCUAGGGAAGACCAUGGGAUACAACAGCAGUACCUUGUGACCGCCACUGGCUGGUUCUGGCCGUCGCAUGCUAUGUUGGGGCUUAAGCGGGACGUCUGAGUUCUGAGUAGAAUGGGUCGUCUCUCAGUUUGGAUCACUAUGAGGAGCGCUUUAGGCGGCUGAUCGAGCUUGAAGAUAAAUCUACCGACGCAGAGCUGCCCGCUGUAAAAUCUUAAGUUCAUAUUUUUCGGUGCGACACGAGUUCUACACGAGGAGGGCCUAGCGAACGGAAGAUAGCUACCGUGGAAUGUUAUUGCCCGGGCGACGACACCGGCGGAAUUUCUUGCAGGAAGGGCCCAUCAUCACUUGAGAACAUGUGUAUUGCUGGCGGGAUGUUGGUGGUGAUGAACUGGUGUCCAGUCGGGACGAACACUCGGAAUCAACAUACCCAUGAGUGAUGCAUUGAUGUCGAUGCUGCAACCACGAUUGGUUCCUCGGCUGCGGAUUUUGAAAACCCA